AUGUCGUGCCGCUCUUACAGAAUCAGUCCAGGAUGUGGGGUGACCAGGACCUUCAGCUCCUGCUCAGCGGUGGCCCCCAAAACUGGCAACCGCUGCUGCAUCACUACAGCCCCCUACCGAGGGGUGUCCUGCUACCGAGGAAUCACUGGCUUUGGCAGCCGCAGCCUUUCCAACCUGGGCUCCUGUGGGCCCCGCAUGGCUAUGGGGGGCUUCCGAGCAGGCUCCUGCGGCCGUAGCUUUGGAUACCGCUCCGGGGGGGUGUGCGGACCCAGCCCCCCUUGCAUCACCACCGUAUCUGUCAAUGAGAGCCUCCUGACGCCCCUCAACCUGGAGAUCGACCCCAAUGCCCAGUGCGUGAAGCAUGAGGAGAAGGAGCAGAUCAAGUGUCUCAAUAGCAAGUUUGCUGCUUUCAUUGACAAGGUGCGCUUCCUGGAGCAGCAGAACAAGCUGCUGGAGACCAAGUGGCAGUUCUACCAGAACCAGCGCUGCUGCGAGAGCAACCUGGAGCCCACGUUCACUGGCUACAUUGAGGCCCUCAGGCGGGAGGCCGAGUGUGUGGAGGCUGACAGUGGGAGGCUGGCCGCAGAACUCAACCAUGUUCAGGAGGUGCUGGAGGGCUACAAGAAGAAGUAUGAAGAGGAGGUGGCUCUGAGGGCCACAGCAGAGAAUGAGUUUGUGGUUCUAAAGAAGGACGUGGACUGUGCCUACUUGCGGAAAUCUGACCUAGAAGCUAAUGUGGAAGCGCUGGUGGAGGAGUCAAGCUUCCUCAAGCGCCUCUAUGAUGAGGAGAUCCGAGUGCUCCACGCCCACAUCUCAGACACCUCAGUCAUUGUCAAGAUGGACAACAGCCGGGACCUCAACAUGGACUGUGUUGUGGCUGAGAUUAAGGCUCAGUACGAUGACGUUGCCAGCCGCAGCAGGGCUGAGGCCGAGAGCUGGUACCGCACCAAGUGUGAAGAGAUGAAGGCCACGGUCAUCAGACAUGGGGAAACCCUGCGCCGCACCAAGGAGGAGAUCAAUGAGCUGAAUCGCAUGAUCCAGAGGCUCACGGCUGAGAUUGAGAAUGCCAAGUGCCAGCGGAGCAAGCUAGAGGCCGCUGUGGCUGAGGCAGAACAGCAAGGUGAGGCAGCCCUCACAGAUGCCCGCUGCAAGCUGGCCGGCCUGGAGGAGGCCCUGCAGAAGGCCAAGCAGGACAUGGCGUGCCUGCUCAAGGAGUACCAGGAGGUGAUGAACUCCAAGCUGGGCCUGGACAUCGAGAUCGCGACCUACCGACGUCUGCUGGAGGGAGAAGAGCACAGGCUAUGCGAAGGUGUGGGCUCAGUGAAUGUCUGUGUCAGCAGCUCCCGUGGUGGAGUCUCCUGUGGGGGCCUCACUUGCAGCAGCACCCCUGGACGCCAGAUCACCUCUGGUCCUAUGGCCACAGGGGGCAGCAUCACGGUCAUGGCCCCCGACUCCUGUAACCCCUGUCAGCCCCGCUGCUCCAGCUUCAGCUGCGGGAGUAGUCGGUCUGUACGCUUCGCAUAG